CCGCUUGGCGCCACGUGCCGCGCCCGUGGGGGAACCCGAGCACGGCAGCUCGGCUCGGAGCAGUGCGCCUCGGAAGCUUCUCCGCCGCACGUCACCGACGACGUCCGCGCCGCGCGGGCACGGGGGGAGCUGGCCAAUUUGCCACCGAGAAGGCGAGAACGGCCUCGCCCCCACGCGUAUAAAAGACCCCCGCGCGCGGGCCGGCCGGCCGACCGUGCGGAGUUGAACGAGACGGCCGGCCGAGUCGUUAAACCCGCGGAGGCCGGAGCGAACGCACUUGCUCUGGCACGAUGGAGAAGGCGCUCGCGUGCUGUGUUGUCCUCCUCCUCCUGGCCGUCGAGCCGGCCGCGCUCGCGUCGCCGGUCACCCGGGCUGACUUCCCCCCGGGGUUCGUCUUCGGCGUCGGCUCCUCUGCCUACCAGGUUGAAGGUGCAGUUGCAGAGGAUGGCAGAAAGCCCAGCAUCUGGGACACGUUCACACAUGAAGGCUAUUCUAUUGACAAUGCGACAGGUGAUAUAACUGCAGAUCAGUAUCAUAAGUACAAGGAGGAUGUAAAGCUUUUGCAUGAUAUGGGUGUCGAUGCAUACAGAUUGUCGAUUGCCUGGCCCCGACUUAUUCCUGAUGGCCGGGGAGCUGUGAAUCAGAAGGGAUUGGAGUACUACAAUAAUCUGAUAGAUGAACUCCUGAGCUACGGAAUACAACCUCACGUAACGAUCUAUCAUUUCGAUUUUCCUCAGGCUCUUAAAGAUGAAUACAACGGACUGCUUAGUCCUAGAGUCAUAGAGGACUUCACAGCGUAUGCAGAUGUAUGCUUCAAGAACUUUGGCGACAGAGUGAAAUACUGGAGCACUGUUAAUGAGCCCAACAUCGAACCGAUUGGCGGAUACGACCAAGGAAUUCUACCGCCUCGGCGAUGCUCAUUCCCCUUCGGCUUAGCUUGUGACGGAGGCAACUCCACCACAGAGCCAUACAUAGUAGCACACCACCUCCUGCUUGCGCAUGCCUCGGCAGUGUCCCUCUAUAGAGAGAAGUACCAGGCCGAGCAAGGAGGACGAAUUGGACUCACGUUACUCGGUUGGUGGUACGAGCCAGCGACACAGACUCCUGAAGAUAUAGCAGCAGCUGCAAGGAUGAAUGAUUUUCACAUUGGAUGGUUCAUGCAUCCUAUGGUGUAUGGAGACUACCCUCCAGUGAUGCGGAAGAAUGUUGGGUCCAGGCUACCAUCUUUCACUGAUGAAGAGAAAAAAAAAGUAAAAGGGUCAUUUGAUUUUGUCGGAUUUAACCACUACAUUGCCAUCUAUGUGAAAGCUGAUCUUAGCCGGUUGGAUCAGAAACUGAGAGAUUACAUGGGUGAUGCAGCUGUGAAAUACGACAUGCCAUUCCUGAAGUCAAGUAACCAGUUCCCAUUUGGGUUGACAAACGAUUUUAUGUCGUCGACCCCCUGGGCUCUGAAGAAAUUGCUGAAGCAUCUCCGAGUGAAAUACAAGAACCCUGCAGUGAUGAUCCAUGAGAACGGAGCUGCUGGCCAGGCUGAUCCAUCGGGCGCGAACACCGACGACGACGAGUUCAGGUCGCAGUUCUUGCAGGAUUACAUCGACGCCACGCUUCAGUCCAUCAGGAACGGAUCAAACGUGCAGGGCUACUUCGUGUGGUCGUUCUUGGACGUGUUCGAGUACCUGUUCGGCUACCGCCUCCGGUUCGGCAUCUACGGCGUCGAGUUCGGCUCGCCGGCGAGGACGAGGUACCAGAGGCACUCGGCGCAGUGGUACUCCAGCUUCCUCCGGGGUGGCGAGCUCAGGCCGAUGGCUCUGCCUGACAGGGCGUACUCGCAAUGAUCAGCACGCUCCAGCUCGAGAAGAAUUCCCAGUGAUCAGCACGCUCCAACUCGAGAAGAAUUCCCAGUGAUCAGCACACUUCAGGUCAACAAAAACAGAUCACGAGUAAGCAUGGAUAGUUUUGUUGUGUAGCCAUGCCCUCGGGUGUGUAUUUGUGCGUGUGUGUGAUCAUGUACGUGGCUUCGUGGCUGAGUAUGUGUGCGUGUGUCCGACAAUCUCGGUCAUGUGGGUGAGCUCCAGCAGGCAGGGAAAGCUGAAGUUCAGUUGUGCAGACCGAGAGAGGAGGAGAUGGCGUGCGUUGUGGCCGGUGAAUUCGGUUCACGUUUGUGUAAUCGUGUGAUUAGUGGACAAGACAAAGUGCUUAAUAAAUAGAAAAAAAAUCCAAAAAGAGGGGAUCAGUUUAUGACCCCUCGAAAAA